AAUUUGUCACAAGUUGAAAGCGAAAGCCUCGUCGAUCGCCACUCGAUCGUGGCUCUAUAAAGGUUUCCUUUGUUGCAGUCGACGGACGGCAGUCCCAGCAUCAGCAUCAUCAUCACUCGGCACUCGAUUGUUUUGUAGAAGGACAGCUCUACGCAGAAAUCCCAGAUGUUGCGCAUACGCAGUGUGGACCACGUGCUACUGCUCGUGCUAGUGGCAAUCGUCUUGGUCACCGCGAAACAGGAAACUGCAGCUCGUCAGUUUGGUGGCCAGAACUUUGGCAAUGGCCUGGGCCCCGCCUUCGGAGGCGGGUCUGGAUUCGGGCCGGGAAUAGGACCCGGACUGGGCCCCGGAUCCGUACCUGGAGCCUCGGGAUAUCCGGGACAGGGACUGGGACCGGGACCGGGCUACGGACCGCCGCAACAGCAGCCGGGUUGCCCGCUGUGCGACUCGUCGGUGUACACGUACUGCUCCCACAAGAUGGUCCACGAUGCCUGUUGCUGCGAUUUUCCAGCCUCCGUCGGCCCUCAACUGCGACCGCCCCAGUGUUUGUACUACGACUGCUCGCUGCUGUAUGCCAAAUCCUGCUACGAACACGCCCUCAUCAAGAACUGCUGCUGCAAUAAUCCCUACUGACGACCAUAUAUCGGAAAAACGGCCAGCCCAAGUGAUUUGUUUGCCCUUCUGUUUAAUUUAUUUAUUCAAUCCAUUUAAAAUGCAUGUGCGCUGCGGACAGCUCAAUGUUUAAAUCAAAUUCAUGCGAUUGCUUAAUGUAAGCGGACGCUAAAUUAAAUUAAGUAAAUUAUUUGAAAACCG